UGCUGUGGUAGCGCUCGGGCGCCAUGUUAGGACGAAGGGGAAGGAGGAGAAGCGCUUAAAGCGGCGGGAGCGGGUGCGGGAGUGGGGUUGGACCCAGGGCUGAGGCAGGCCCCCCCCUCCCUCCCGCCUCAGUGGAUCAUGCCCAGGGCGGCAGCGGCGGCGGUUGCGGGGGGGAAGUGACUGGGCGGUGCCGGCGCAGGAGACGAUGCCGUUUCCAGUUACAACGCAGGGAUCACAACAAACACAGCCGCCACAGAAGCACUAUGGCAUUACUUCUCCUAUCAGCUUAGCAGCCCCAAGGAGACUGACUGCAUACUUACACAGAAACUAAUUGAGACUCUGAAGCCCUUUGGGGUUUUUGAAGAGGAAGAGGAGCUGCAGCGCAGGAUUUUAAUUCUGGGAAAAUUAAAUAACUUGGUGAAAGAGUGGAUACGAGAAAUCAGUGAAAGUAAGAAUCUUCCACAAUCUGUAAUUGAAAAUGUUGGAGGAAAAUUUUACAUUUGGAUCUUACAGAUUAGGAGUACAUACAAAAGGUGCUGAUAUUGAUGCAUUGUGUGUUGCACCAAGACAUGUUGAUCGAAGUGACUUUUUCACCUCGUUCUAUGAUAAAUUGAAAUUACAAGAAGAAGUUAAAGAUUUAAGAGCUGUUGAAGAGGCAUUUGUACCAGUUAUCAAACUCUGUUUUGAUGGGAUAGAGAUUGAUAUUUUGUUUGCAAGAUUAGCACUGCAGACUAUUCCAGAAGAUUUGGACCUACGAGAUGACAGUCUGCUUAAAAAUUUAGAUAUAAGAUGCAUAAGAAGUCUUAAUGGUUGCAGGGUAACCGAUGAAAUUUUACAUCUAGUACCAAACAUUGACAACUUCAGGUUAACUCUGAGAGCUAUCAAACUGUGGGCCAAACGCCACAACAUCUAUUCCAAUAUAUUAGGUUUCCUCGGUGGUGUUUCCUGGGCUAUGCUAGUAGCAAGAACUUGCCAGCUUUAUCCAAAUGCAAUAGCAUCAACUCUUGUACAUAAAUUUUUCUUGGUAUUUUCUAAAUGGGAAUGGCCAAAUCCAGUGCUAUUGAAACAGCCUGAAGAAUGCAAUCUUAAUUUGCCUGUAUGGGACCCAAGGGUAAACCCCAGUGAUAGGUACCAUCUUAUGCCUAUAAUUACACCAGCAUACCCACAGCAGAACUCCACGUACAAUGUGUCCGUUUCAACACGGAUGGUCAUGGUUGAGGAGUUUAAACAAGGUCUUGCUAUCACAGAUGAAAUUUUGCUGAGUAAGGCAGAAUGGUCCAAACUUUUUGAAGCUCCAAACUUCUUUCAAAAGUACAAGCAUUAUAUUGUACUUCUAGCAAGUGCACCAACGGAAAAGCAGCGCCUAGAAUGGGUGGGCUUGGUGGAAUCAAAAAUUCGAAUCUUGGUUGGAAGUUUGGAGAAGAAUGAAUUUAUUACACUGGCUCAUGUGAAUCCCCAGUCAUUUCCAGCACCCAAAGAAAAUCCUGACAAGGAAGAAUUUCGCACGAUGUGGGUGAUUGGGUUAGUGUUUAAAAAAACAGAAAACUCUGAAAAUCUCAGUGUUGAUCUUACCUAUGACAUUCAGUCUUUCACAGAUACAGUUUAUAGGCAAGCAAUAAACAGCAAGAUGUUUGAGGUGGAUAUGAAAAUUGCUGCAAUGCAUGUAAAAAGAAAGCAACUCCAUCAACUACUACCUAAUCAUGUGCUUCAGAAAAAGAAAAAGCAUUCAACAGAAGGAGUCAAAUUAACAGCUCUGAAUGACAGCAGCCUUGACUUGUCUAUGGACAGUGAUAACAGCAUGUCUGUGCCUUCACCUACUAGUGCUAUGAAGACCAGUCCAUUGAACAGUUCUGGCAGCUCUCAGGGCAGAAACAGUCCUGCUCCAGCUGUGACGGCAGCAUCUGUGACCAACAUACAGGCUACUGAAGUUUCUACACCACAAGUAAAUUCCAGUGAAAGCUCAGGGGGUACAUCGAGUGAAAGCAUUCCUCAAACUGCCACACAACCAGCCAUUUCUCCACCACCAAAGCCUACGGUCUCCAGAGUUGUUUCCUCAAUACGUCUGGUAAACCCACCACCUAGACCUUCAGGAAAUGUAACAACAAAAAUACCUAACCCUAUAGUAGGAGUCAAGAGGACGUCGUCACCUCAUAAAGAAGAGAGUCCCAAGAAAACCAAAACAGAAGAGGAUGAAACAAGCGAAGAUGCUAACUGUCUUGCUUUGAGUGGACAUGAUAAAACAGAAACAAAGGAACAACUUGAUACAGAGACAAGUACAACUCAAUCAGAAACUAUUCAGACAGCGGCUUCUCUGUUGGCCUCUCAGAAAACAUCCAGUACAGACCUUUCUGAUAUCCCUGCUCUCCCUGCAAAUCCUAUUCCUGUUAUCAAGAAUUCAAUAAAACUGAGAUUGAAUCGGUAAAAACAACCUCAGGGGUCCAUAAACAAUAUCUGCCAACUCAACCUGUUGUCUUCAAAUGCUAAAAAAGGAGAAUGGAGGGUACAAGACUAGACAUGACUGAAAAUGGAUUUAGGUUUUUUUGGUGACCUCCCUUACUGGGCUAAUCAGCACUUGAUCCGAAGUCCAGGUUAGUAUGUGAAGCCAGGAGUACUAUUAUUAUUGUGUUAGCAACAGUUGCAUUAACUAUUUCCAAAAAAAAAAAAAAAAAAAAAAAAAAAAAAUUUACUGCCUUUAAAUAAGAAAAAAAAAAAAAGAAGAAAACAAAACAAAAAAACAAAAACCUCAAGCUAUAUUUGUAUUCAUAAUUGACAUCUGGAUUGGGUUUAUGUUUGAUGCAUUGUUUGGAAAAUUUGCAAUACAAACUGGCAUAAGAACUCCUUAUUCUGAUGAUGCACUUUUAUGUAUUUUUUAUUAGAAAGUAGAACUAAUUUUAGAUUUUCAGCUUGAUGGAUUUUCGUUUUUUUCCUGAAGAAUUUCCUUUAACAUUAAUCUUCAAAUUGGAUACCAUCGUGCAGUGGUGUAUUGUUAUACUUCAGAGAAAGAACAAGAGUACAUCUAGUUCAGUCCCUAUGAGGUAGCUGUAACCCUUAACAAUGAAAUGUCACCUUGAGGGUAUACAUUUGACUUUGAAAGAAUAAUUAGGAAAUACUUGGUUUUGAUGGGGUUAUGAUUAAGAAAUGAUAUAUUGGUUUUAUUUAUAGAAUUGUUUUAUAGUGCAUACAAAUCAGCGAUCAGCCAGCAAAUGCAUUUCUUUGAGCUUACUGAAGCUCCGUAUUCUUUUGCCUUCAAUCUGUUUUCUUCAAAACAAAUUUAAAAAGCUUUUGAACCUCCCCUCUUUUCUUUUUUUCCUUUUGCUUGUAUGCACAAAGUAGGGCUUAAUUCACAGAAACCAAAAUGCCAGUAUUUUCUUAAGCCAUGAUGUGAAACCAGUGACCCUGUGACUACGUGGCACAGAACACUAAAUUUUGGUCCCAUGGCUAAAACUUUAGGUUGACUAAAAGUAAUGCCUGUGAAACAUGAUAUCUAUCUUGGAUGGCUGUUUGAUCUCAAAAGAGGAAUUUUGUACACUCCACAGAACUCUCGUUCCUGUCUAUGGUAAAUUGAUUUUCAAUUUUAAAGCAUGUGGGCAAAAAGGCAUUUUCUUCAAGAUUUUUAACUGAUUUUUAUUUUUAACUGGUUUACCAAAAUUUGUCAGUGAAUUUUACAUACAGAAACAUUUUGGAAAUCAUUUCUAGCAAGCACGUGACAUCUAGUCAGUCAGUUCUGUACUCCUUUUUUAUUUUGGUUUAUUCUUAUCAAAAGAUUAGGAACUUCCUUUCUUUAAAGAAAAUAAUUUUUCAUAAUUGAACAGCAGAACAUCCAUCUUUAUGAAGAAUGAGGGAUGCCGGAUGUUGAUAAGCUUACGGUUUCUUAAUCUGGACAGAGCAGUCCUAGCAGAUUUUUCUGAUGAGCAUGUUUCAUGAAUCCGCCAUCGUGCUCCAUCCUAUCUAUCACAUGUGCAUUUUCCAUGUUAAACCGCAAUUACUUAAACUCUUCCCCUGUCCUUCUAAAUUAAUUUUUCGAAGUUGGAGUGUAGUCUUUGCCCCUUAGGCUAUGCAUUAAUUGAGGCUUUCUUUUCACCAUGACUUUAUAAUGUCUAGUAUACAAUAUUUCUACUUCCCACAUCUUUGCUCUGCACAGUCACCUUGCCCUUCCUCCCACCACCUAAGGAAUAAAGAUGGUCAACUAACAGGUGAAGUGUACAAGGUGUCUGUGUGUUUUGUGUAGCUUCAGAGUUAGAUUGAUAUUGCCAGGCACAGAUUUAGUCUUGUCAUUUUGUUUACACAUUGGGGAAAAAAAUUCAGUUUAUUAAGCGUUUCAUGUAACUGCUUCCAAGUUUUGCCAGGCUGGAAACUUGGACCUUUUCUGUGUAGUGACUUUUUAAUUCUAGUUUUCAUAACCUGGAGAUCAAAGACUGUUGCUUUCGCAUGAUGUAUGUAGUGUCUCAUGACUGGAGUUUGCUUUGUUUUAUAGUAUCUGUACUCCUUGUAUUUUUCAAGAGCUAUUUUGUAAACAGAUGAUGUAUUUCUCCAUUGAAAACACAAUAAAAUUAAAAAAAACAGCACAAUCCCACAGUUGGCUGAUUUCUUUUGCUUCUUCGUUUUUAUUUCACAAUCAGCUAUUUGUUUUUUUCUUUUUCCAUGUAAUUGAUUUUUAGAGGGGAAUGCAUGAAUGUAGUUACUAAUAAUUCACUUUCAGCUAUCCUGUCCUCUAAAAUAUUUACUGUAUAGACACCAUACAUUACCUGUGUAUUUAUUCUGUGCAGGUAGACAGUGUUCUGUGUGCUGCCUUUUCACAGCUGUUGGUUUUCAAAGCACUUUAUCUCUAAUGUCAGAAGGUGGCACUGUUGUUUUUCAGUAAAUUUAGAGUUGUAGACUACAACCAGCCAGCAUGCUGUUUCUUAUUUUACUAAAUCCGAAUCAGAUACUGCUUUUCUCAAAACCCCCAAUUGCUUAAUGUUGCAGAUGUAACUGAUGCAUCAGGAGGGAGCUGCCCCAUGUGUUUGUGAUGGCCAGCUCUUGGGUGUGGUUGUCUUCAGUGUUGAGUGAAGAGAUGGACCUCUUAAUGUAAAAGCCAUUAUUCUAAGGGACACACUGCUGUGUACAUUCUAUUCUUUAAAUUCUGAUUUCUAAUGCCUUCAAUAAAUAUGUGACUGCAGUGUGCGAUUGUUUUUUAUUCAAAUGAAAAUCCAACUUUUGGGCUUAUUCAGCAAGAGGGAAAACAUUGUAAAAAUGACAUUUUGACACCUUCAGAACUGAGCGUGCUGUACUUUUGCCUUGAUAAGACAACUAGCCAGGGGAUUGAAUGUUAUACUUUCUGAAUUUUGUCACCUUUACUGCCUUUUUGUAUUUCAUGCAUCUCGUUGAAUUAGUAAAAUGACUAUUGAAAGUUUGUGUGUUUUGUGACUGGCUAGAUUCUGGAGUAGUUUUUAUUUUUCUAAUUAACACUUUUUCUGCACAUGGAAAAAUGUUUUAAAACUCAAUGUAAUAUUAAUUCCAGCUGCAUUCAAAGUAGCAAUAAAUGAUCAGCAGCUCCAAGGAGUAAUUGAUAUAUGAAUUAAUACACUCAUUUUGUAGACUGAGCCUUGGAAACAGUGUUAGUGCACUUUAAUGCUUUUGAAUAGAAAGACAAAACUGUUUUCUAGAAAGGCAUUGAAUAAUCCUUUGGAUCUUUUGCCCAUUUUAAUUCUAAUAAAAAUGAAGAAUAUAAGGAAAAUUAGUUAACUUUUAGCCUGAAUUGCAUGUUUUGUUUUGUUUUUUAGUUCUCCACAUUAUUCCUCUUCUGUUAGCUUUUCUUCAAGCCAAAAUCACAAAUGGAUGCUGAACUUGGUAAAUGAAGUAUUACGUAUGUUCUGUAAUAAACACGAUCUUCUGUUAUACAGA